AUGGGGUUGAUUGUGGAGGUUGAGAACGGCGACCCAAACAACGCCGUUCUGGUUCCGCCCCCUAACUUCGCCAUGGUUGAGGACUGCAUUUUCCGAUCCAGCUUUCCCACCCCCUCCAAUUUCCCCUUUCUCCAAACCCUAAACCUUCGCUCCAUCAUAUACCUAUGCCCUGAGCCGUAUCCUGAGGAAAAUCUAGAGUUUCUUCGGUCGCAGAAUAUUCGUCUCUUUCAAUUUGCAAUCGAGGGGAAAACGGAUGUUUCUACCCCUAUUCUCAAGGAUUCUAUCAUGGAUGCACUGAAAGUUUUAAUUGAUGUGAGAAAUCACCCUGUUUUGAUCCAUUGCAAGCGAGGAAAGCAUAGAACUGGUUGCCUGGUUGGUUGCUUGAGAAAAUUGCAGAAUUGGUGUUUGUCGUCUGUGUUUGAGGAGUACAAACGAUUUGCUGGUGUUAAAUCCAGGACAAUGGAUUUAACAUUUAUAGAAAUGUUUGACAUUCUAAGCCUGAGUCAGUGCCUUUACAGCAUCAUCUACCAGUACCAUGGAUAUGGUUCAAAGAAGCGUCGGUUGUUGAACAAAGAUGAGAAUUUACAGAAGCCCCGAUUGACAUCAUUUUAG